AUCUUCGACUCCGAGAAGAAAGAAAGAACCCAUCUCUGUCCGUCCUCCAUGUUGAAUCCCACAACAGGAUGGACUACGCUCUUCUCACCUCCGUUUUUACCAACUGUCUUCAAGCACUCAAGUAAACCCCACCCAAACCCUAACAGCUGUUCGCCAAUAAUCUCCACCUUUCGAGCUCUCAGAUUGGGCUAUGAACCAAGAGCCGAGCUAGGCCCCGUCUGUUGCGCAAGGCGGAGGUCAGGUAUGAAGAAGAGGAAGAAGAAGAAGAAGAAGAAUAUGAGUAUAAUAAGGAGAUUGCGAUGCUUGAAUUGUACACUCAAUCUGCCCCAGGAGAGGCAGUUCUUGUGCACGCACUUCUGGAUCAGGAAGAGGUAGAAGUGCUUAUUUUUAAGGGGUUCUCCUCAUGCUUGAGCCACGGAACCUCACCUGACCCAUCAAGAAGUGUUGUUCCAGCCAGGGCGGUAAUAAAGUCCAUUGACAGAAUCAAAGGACCAUUUAAUCCCUGGAAUAUAGAAUAUCUAGAGAAAGACCUCAAUUGGGACUCCUUCAAGGCACGCCUGUCUGUUUCCUAGUAAUCUCUUACAAUAAACUUAGGAGAUUCAUUGAAAAAAUCAAUAAACUAGGUAGCACUUU